GCUGUCUGAGGGGCCGUUCUUGCUGGGUGAGUUGAUGCAGUCAGUGUGGCUUGGCGCUGCUCUGGACGAGAGGGAUGUGAUCUGCAGCACACCCAAGACACCUGUGUCAUGCGAUCGAUGCUUUGCGGUGCGUGAAAGAGAAAUGGAGACGGGAAGGGGCGAAGUGAUUCACCUCUGUAUGGGUGAUUGGGGAGUACUGCAAGCCGACAGCCAUCUCGCAGUACCGAUAAGGCGGCAGCAGCAGCUCUUACUCGCCCAUGACCAUUCCCGACUUGCCGCCCUCCCGCUCCGACACAAGGGGCCUGAAGCAGCACCCCGGACCCCGGAUGGAUGAAGUGCACGUCAAAGGACACGUUGUGCUGGCCUCCCAUCUCGCUACAGGCACUGGACCGCCUGCUGCCUUCACGUGCCGGCGGCAAAGUCGGCGCCACGACGGGGUACUCGACGAGACACGUCAUGUUGAUCAGGAGAGGACACUCGCCCUUGUUGGCCAGAAACAGUGUUCGUGCUGUGGGGAUGAACGGUGCUGCCUCGCCCCACACGAGCCGCUUGGCGCUUGUCCAGAGAGGCAUGGA